AUGGGCGCAUGUCUAAGUCUCUGUGGGAUUGGAAAGGAGGCACAUAACGAUGAGCCCAAUGAGCGGAGUGCAUUGCUAGGAGCGGAUGCGCUGAAUCAACGGAAUGUGAUCGCACAACCCCCACCACCACAAGCGGAUCCGCAUGAUAUCGUUCGGGAACAAGAAGCCCUGUCCCGAAUUGUAGCAAAAACUGCAGAUAAUUUGAUCGAUAUCUUUGCUACGAAUGCGGCGGGUGCGACGGAGCGGAUAGGAGGUGGUGCGCCUUCAGGGGGCGUACGGGAUCUGCAAAAAUCAAUGAAACAGGGCCCGUUUACGCCGAAACGACCGAAGAUCCUACCAGAUAACACAAUAGCGGCGGCAGACAAGGCAUUAUUGGAGAAACUCGUGCGAGGGGCGGAGGAGGCGAUGAAGGUUGUUAUGCAUGUGGAGGAUGUUGGGCCAGUCGUGGUGAGCUUGGAUUUGGAGGGCGAGAAUGGGGUAUGA